CGGACUCCACCUUUAUAAGCCCAUCGCUGAACGCUACACGCACUACUAUAUUCUCGUCUGUUCAGACAGGAUUCAGACACCUCAAAGAAAGAACAGUUAAAACCAAUUUCUCAACAUGUACUCUCACGCUCUUACUUUUGUGGCUUUCGGAUGUCUUGCAACUCAAGUAAUUGGUGCCCCAACCCCAGGUGGACAUGGACACCAUCACGUUCGAAUUCAUGUACCCUAUCAUGUUCAUACGGUUCAUCAUCACCACGUAGAGAAAGUUUCGUAUCCUGUUCAUCACGUUGAGAAGGUUCAUGUACCUGUUCACGUGCCUGUGCAUCAUGUCGAAAAAGUUCAUGUACCUGUACCUUAUCCAGUUCAUCACGUCGAAAAGGUGCACGUGCCCGUACCAGUACCUGUGCACGAGAAAGUUCACGAACCUAUUCAUGACGAAAAAUGGUGGUGAAAUGGGCCAUCAAUGGAUGAUCAUUUCAUUUUUACGGUUUUCCCGUAAGAAAUGUGAAUCUGCGAUUUGUUUUGGUUGGUCAAUUCCGAAAACGAUUUUUCUUCCUGGGAUAAACCCGAAGCUAUUGAAGAUCUUGGAAUAUAAAGAGUGAGCGUUGUGAGGAUAAUUACCAAUUAAUACAAAUAUUAUCAU